CCGCCUCUCUUAAACCCUAAACCAUCCGUCAAUCUCUGCUCCCCCUCCCUUAAACCCCAGACCCCCAAAAUGAUGAGCAUCAUGCUCCGGAGGUCACCCACAGUCGCCGCCACGCGCGCCGCCGCCGCCAUCGAAACCCUACUGAUCAACCGCCUCCCAUUUCCCUCCGCCACGUCGUCGCCUUCACUCCCGGCGAAUGGCGACCUCGAGGCGAAGCCCGCAACAGGGUUUCAAGUUCGGGGCUUCCACGCGAGAUCUGGGCCGUUGAGUUUCCAGGCAUCGCCGACUACCAUGUUCGCCGGCGCCCAGGUGGCUUUGGACAGCGACUGCGACGAGCCGUCUAAAGCCAGCGGCGAAGAUGGGCUUGAGAUUGCGAAGCUAGGGAUUGAUAAGGAGAUUGUGUCUGCUUUGGCCAAGAAGGGUAUCACUAAGCUUUUCCCCAUUCAGAGAGCUGUGUUGGAGCCAGCAAUGCAGGGGCGUGAUAUGAUUGGUCGUGCUAGAACUGGAACUGGAAAGACACUUGCAUUUGGGAUUCCCAUUUUGGAUAAGAUCAUUCAGUUUAAUGCCAAACACGGGCGUGGGAGGAAUCCUUUGGCUUUGGUGUUGGCUCCGACAAGAGAGCUGGCAAAGCAGGUUGACAAGGAGUUCUAUGAGGCAGCACCGAGUUUGGAUACCAUUUGUGUUUAUGGUGGUACGCCUAUCGGCAGGCAGAUGGGCCAGCUUGACCAUGGUGUUGAUGUAGCGGUUGGCACACCUGGUCGUGUCAUUGAUCUCCUUAAGAGGGGUGCUUUGGAUUUGUCCGAAGUUCAAUUUGUUGUUCUUGAUGAAGCUGAUCAGAUGCUUCAAGUGGGAUUUCAAGAGGAUGUGGAGAUAAUUUUGGAGAGGCUACCUAAGAAACGUCAGACCCUGAUGUUCUCUGCUACAAUGCCUACUUGGAUUAAAAAUCUUACGAGGAACUACCUUACAAAUCCUGCGGUUAUUGAUCUCGUUGGGGAGUCUGAUCAAAAAUUGCCAGAUGGAAUAUCCUUAUACUCGAUUGCUACAGACUCAUAUGGAAAAGCAUCAAUUAUUGGGCCACUCAUAACAGAACAUGCAAAAGGAGGAAAGUGCAUCGUUUUUACUCAGACAAAACGUGAUGCUGAUCGAUUGGCAUAUGCCAUGGCAAGAAAUUAUACUUGUGAGGCUUUGCAUGGGGAUAUUUCUCAACAACAGAGAGAAAGGACACUUGCUGGUUUUCGAGAUGGGCGUUUCAAUAUUUUAGUUGCCACUGAUGUUGCUGCUCGUGGGCUUGAUGUACCCAAUGUUGAUCUGGUGAUACAUUAUGAGCUUCCAAAUAAUUCAGAAAUAUUUGUUCAUCGCUCUGGCAGAACAGGUCGUGCUGGGAAGAAAGGAAGUGCUAUUCUUAUAUACUCACAUGAUCAAACCAGGAAUGUCAGAAUCAUUGAGCGAGAUGUUGGAUGCAGAUUUACAGAGCUUCCCCACAUUGCUGUUGACAGCGGAAGUGUGAACAUGUUUGACAUGGGAGGUGGUGGUCGAUUUAAUCGCUUUGGUGGUCCAGGGGGAGGGGGACCAGGAUUUGGCCGUUCUGGACCUGGCAGUAGAUAUAGUGGACCUAGUUCAGGUCGUUUUGGUUCCUUUGGUGAUUCUGGUCAAUCUAGCACAAGUCGAGGUGGUAACUUUGGUAAUUCAGGUUUUGGCCGCUCAAGUGGUUUUGGAAGUUCUGACCGUUCAGGUGGUUUCGGUAGUUCUGGCCGAUCAGGGGGUUUUGGAAGUUCUGACCGUUCAAAUGGUUUUGGAGGAGGGUUUAGUAGUUCUGAUCGUUCAAGUGGUUUUGGAGGUACUACUGACCGUUCAGGUGGUUUUGGAGGGUUUGGUGGUUCUGAUCGUUCAAGUGGAUUCAGAGAUCGUUCCGGUGGUUCCAGGAAUUAUAGUUUAGAUGGCCAAAGUGGAUUUGAUGACAACAAAUUCAGCCAUUUUGGAGAUGAUCAAGAUGCUGGGAGACGGGCCUCUUGAUUUUGAUGCAUGGUAAAUUGAAUUUUAACUUACCUUUUGGUGCGUUAUUUUCAUUCCCACUGUGUGCUGCCCACUUUGGAUUUUCUUCGGAUUGAGAUUUUCCACUCUUUUCAGUGGACAGUGAUGUUGGAGAUUCUCACCCGUCUUAUUUGCAAUAUCAGCUAAGCUACAAAGGCAGGAGACUGUUACGUAACACCGGGGGGAGAGGAAAGUCUGAACCACUUGAUUAGGGAAAGAUAAAAAAGUGCAUGUAAGUAGAAGUCAGAUAUUUAGUUGUUAAUAAGUUUCUGAUUCCAGUAUGAUAGCGAAGUUUGCUCCGAGAGGAGGGCUCUGUCUUGUAAAAGCAGUAUGUAUCUGUUUUAUAGCGAAGUUUGCCCUAAAACCUUUGCUCCCAUUUUCCCUGUAUGCGAGAGCAGUUGAGGCAAUCAAUGAAUCGAUCAUUU